CGAUGUGAGGCGCCGCGGUCGAACGCGCCGGAUGGUCGCUGCGACUAUUGCUGUCCUCAUGCCCUUGACGAGCUUCAGGUGCGGACCUAGAAUAAUCGCUUCACGAGUACUGAUGUAUACAACUGACCAACAUACUUCUCUCCCCUCGCCAGCUGCGGGGUCCUGCAGUCACAUCUGCUACCUCGAUCAACCACGACGCGUUCACAAAGGCGGAUCAUCCCCCUUCAAAUGUCUUGAACCCUACGCCACGCCCGUAACCACUACCAAAAGAUCUCCACUAAGCACCGUUUUGUCUCUGCUGUCCCCGCUAUACACUGCACGCCGUCUCCACCAUCAAGUUGACUUUCCGCCAGGCCCGCGCUGAGAUGCGGCUAUGGCGUCCUCAUCAUUGACCCGGCAUGCUCACCUUUUCUCGUGGUAAUGCCAUACUUGCCUCCAACCGUCUUUACCCCUUCCACCGCCUGGCAAGAUAGACACUUAGCAAAUUCGAAGUUCGACC